AUGUCCAUCAUGACUAAUCACGCCGACGCCGCCUUCCCCGUGGCCGCUGAUAAGCUAACACUCGGUCGCCUCCCGCUGGACGCCGGCGAGUUCCGCCGGCAGGGGCGACAGGUCGUGGACUUCAUCGCGGACUACUACGCCCGCAUUGACGAGUACCCCGUGCGCCCGGCCGUCGCUCCAGGCUUUCUGGCCGGGAAGCUCCCGGAGGCGGCGCCGGCGGCGGCGGAGCCCGACGCGCUCACCGCGGCGCUGCGCGACGUGCGCGAGCUCAUCCUUCCGGGCCUCACUCACUGGCAGAGCCCACGUCAGUUCGCGCACUUCUCGGCGACGGCCAGCAACGUGGGAGCCCUGGGCGAGGCCCUCGCCGCCGGCCUCAACAUUAACCCUUUCACGUGGGCCGCCUCGCCGGCGGCCACCGAGCUCGAGGUUGUUGUUACCGACUGGCUCGGCAAGGCGCUGCACCUGCCGGAGAAGCUGCUGUUCGCCGGAGGCGGCGGCGGCACGUUGCUUGGGACGUCGUGUGAGGCCAUGCUUUGCACCAUCGUCGCCGCGAGGGACAGGAAGCUCGCCGAGAUUGGCGAGGAGAGGAUGGGCGACCUCGUCGUCUACUACUCCGACCAGACUCACUUCUCGUUCCAGAAGGCAGCUCGCGUCGCCGGUAUUCGCCGUGGUAACUGCCGGGAGAUACCUACGUGUCGGGAGAGCGGCUUCGUUCUCACGGCGGAGGCGCUGCAUGCCGCCGUGACCGCGGACGAGGCGGCGGGCAAGGUCCCACUGUUCCUGUGCGCCACGGUGGGGACGACACCGACGGCGGCGGUUGACCCCCUUCGCGAGCUCUGCGCCGCCUUGGAAGGGCGCGACGUGUGGGUGCACGUCGACGCGGCCUACGCCGGCGCCGCGUGCGUGUGCCCGGAGUUCCGCGGCGCCAUCGCCGGCGCCGAGGCCGUGGACUCGUUCAGCACGAACCCGCACAAGUGGCUCCUCGCCAACAUGGACUGCUGCGCGCUGUGGGUGACGCGCCCGGCGGCGCUGGUGGCCGCGCUCGGCACCGACCACGACGUGAUCCUCAAGGAAGAGGCGGCGACGGCGCGGGGCGAUCACCACGUUGCGGUGGACUACAAGGACUGGCAGGUCGCGCUGAGCCGCCGGUUCCGCGCGCUGAAGCUGUGGCUCGUCCUCCGCUGCCACGGCAUCGACGGCCUGCGCAGCUUCGUGCGCUCCCACGUCCGCAUGGCGGCGGCGUUCGAGCGCAUGGUGCGCGCCGAUGCGCGGUUCGAGGUGCCGGUCCCGAGGCAAUUCGCGCUCGUCUGCUUCCGGCUGCGCGCCGCCGCACGGCCUCCCGGUCCCGGAGAAGACGAGCACGUUCACGACGGCGACGACGUCACGGCCAGCAUCAACGAGCUCAACCGGCGGCUCCUCGAGGCGGUGAACGCGACGGGGCGCGCGUACAUGAGCUCCGCCGUGGUGGGCGGCAUGUACGUGCUGCGCUGCGCCAUCGGCAACUCGCUCACCGAGGAGCGCCACGUCCGGGAGGCGUGGGCCGUCGUGCAGGAGCAGGCCGCCGCCAUCUUGGCCGGCGGCACGGGCGCUGCCGCCGCCACCACCGUUCGUACGACGAAGGAGCACGCCGACGGCGACGCCGGCCACCGCGUAGAUGCGCCGCACCACAUGACGACGACGAAAUGUCGCUCCGGUGCACGGGAGCUUGGAACUGUGUAUCAAACGCUCCGUUCUUACGCUGUGUAUUUCCUCUUGGGUAAGUAAGGGGAAAGUAUUCUUCGUCUAUUU